AUGGCACCGAAAGCGGCAAAGCGAAAAAUUACAGCCAACAACAAGUCGGUCGCCGGACAGUAUGCGAUGGGUGGCUCGGGAAAGCAAGACACCAACAACCAACGAGGGGACGAACAGAUGGCAAUAGAAACUGUCACAACAAUGCGAAUUAACAACUGGACGUGCUGCGACGCCGUCAGCGACGGUUGGAUGCAGGAGAGUCGGGGGAACCCUACACUGCCACUGGACCUGGAGGUUCCCUACAACGAUGAUUACAGUCUGACGCGAAAUCACGACUACAAGAGCCGGAUUAUUACCCGGACCAGUCUGACGAAUGGCGGCAGUGGCCAAACCGUGAACAGAAACGUAAACACCAAUCUUUUUCAUCCGCCAACGUCUGUAAAUAACCGAAAAAACCACUUCCUCAUCAACACUUACAACCCCAAUGCCGAUCCGAACCAGCGAAUAAUCACCCGGACACGUAACGUCAUCGGGAAUGUGUACGACCGGAACGCCAACCAGUCCAACUCGAACCCGAACCGGGAAACGCACGUGGAGAUCAUCACCAAGAACGGCUCCACCAAGAAGAACAUCAUCGGGAACAACUACGACCCGGAUGUGCUCAUCACGGGCACCAACGGGAACAAUCUGAACUUGAAUGUGCGAAACGAGCUGAACGAGCAGAAACAGUCGUUUGCCAGCUCGCUGUACGAUCGGAAGAGUACGUGCAUGUUGUAUCUGCAGGCGGAUCACACGUUCUUCCAGAAGAUGGGCUCGGACGAGGCCAGCAUCGAAGCCAUCACGCGGCACGUCCAGCGGGCGAACAUCAUCUACCGAAAGACGGAUUUCAACGGCGACGGCAAACCGGACAACAUCACGUUCAUGAUCAAACGCAUCAAGGUGCACAAUCUGAACGCCCUCAAGGAUACGAGCUAUCGUUUCGCCGGCAACUACGGCGUGGAAAAGUUUCUGGAGCUGUUCUCGGGUGAGUCUUUCCGGCACUUCCCUUUCCGUUGAUGUUUUAUCUGCGAAGAAAGACCGUUGUUGUCUGAUAGCGCCGCUUCGCAUUUAUAUCCACCGCAAAGAAUCAUGCCCGGCGUUGUUAUUGGUGGGUGGAUGCGAAUAGGUGUGAAGCCCAUCAACCUAAAUAGAGUGGAAAUGGCGCUCCGAAUAAAGUGUGGAGGUUGAACUCCCAGGCAGAGGUGCAGACAAACAAUGGCAUUUUAUUGCACUUCGCAUACGUACGGACCCACAUACACAGAACCAACCAUCAGGGAGAAAUGUACCGAAGGCAGUAAAUUCACUCCGACGGAAUGUUUAACUAGCUAC